UCCUCUUUCCUUCCCAAGCACCAGAGGAGGCCCCAGCUCCCAAGGGGCUAAGAAGCUGGAGCACUGGGGAGGAGGAAGAACUGAGCCAGACUUUGGCAAGACCCCCUCCCCCCACCAGGAAGCAUGAACAGGAAAGACAGCAAGAGGAAGUCCCACCAGGAAUGCCCAGCAAAGACAGGGGGGCGGGGCCGGCCCCGACAGGCCCGGCGCCACAAGACGUGCCCCAGCCCCCGGGAAAUCAGCAAGGUCAUGGCUUCCAUGGCUCUGGGCAUGCUGAAUGAGGGCGGCUGCAGCGAAGAUGAGCUGCUGGAGAAAUGUAUUCAGUCCUUCGACUCAGCUGGCAGCCUGCGCCGUGGGGACCACGUUCUCAACAUGGUGCUGGCCACGCACAGCUGGGUGCUGCCUUCCGCCCACCUCGCUGCCCGCCUGCUGACCUUGUACCAGGAAGCCACAGGGGACACACAGGAGCUGAGACGGCUGCAGAUCUGCCACCUGGUCAGGUACUGGCUGACCCAACACCCGGAGACAGUGCAUCAAGAGCCUCAGCUAGAAGAGGUUAUCGGGCGCUUCUGGGCCACUGUGGAGCAGGAGGGCAACUCUGCCCAGAGGAGCCUGGGAGACUCCUCCACCCUCCUGAGCCCCGGGGGCCCUGGCCCCCCGCCCCCUCUGAGCAGCCCAGGCCUCGGCAAAAAGCGCAAAGUGUCCUUGCUCUUCGACCACCUGGAGACGGAGGAGCUGGCUCAGCAUCUCACUUACCUGGAGUUUCGCUCCUUCCAGGCUAUCACGCCCCAGGAUCUGCGGGGCUACGUUUUGCAGGGCUCCGUGCGGGGCUGCCCGGCCCUGGAGGGAUCCGUAGGCCUCAGCAACAGCGUGUCCCGCUGGGUGCAGGUCAUGGUGCUGAGCCGUCCCGGGCCGGCACAGCGCGCGCAGGUGCUGGACAAGUUCAUCCACGUGGCACAGAGGCUCCACCAGCUACAGAAUUUCAACACACUGAUGGCGGUCACGGGGGGCCUGUGUCACAGUGCCAUCUCCAGACUCAAGGACUCCCAUGCUCAUCUGAGCCCUGACAGCACCAAGGCCCUGCUAGAACUGUCUGAGCUCCUCGCUGCCCACAACAACUACGCCCGUUACCGCCGCACCUGGGCUGACUGCACGGGCUUCCGGCUGCCGGUACUGGGCGUGCACCUCAAAGACCUGGUGUCCCUGCAUGAGGCACAGCCCGACAGGUUGCCAGACGGCCGCCUGCACCUCCCCAAACUCAACAACCUCUACCUGCGGCUGCAGGAGCUGGCAGCCCUCCAGAGGCAGCACCCGCCCUGCAGUGCCAAUGAGGACCUGCUGCAUCUUCUCACGCUUUCCCUGGAUCUCUUCUACACGGAGGACGAGAUCUAUGAGCUUUCUUACGCCCGGGAGCCCCGCUGCCCCAAGAGUCUGCCACCCUCCCCCUUCAAAGCGCCCCUGGUGGUGGAGUGGGCCCCUGGCGUGACACCCAAGCCUGACAGGGUCACCCUGGGUCAGCACGUGGAGCAGCUGGUGGAGUCUGUGUUCAAGAAUUAUGACCCUGAAGGCCGAGGAACCAUCUCUCAGGAGGACUUUGAGCGAUUCUCAGGCAACUUCCCCUUCGCCUGCCAUGGGCUUCACCCACCGCCCCGCCCGGGGAAUGGCUCCUUCACCCGAGAAGAGCUGACGGCGUACCUGCUCCGGGCCAGCGCCAUCUGCUCCAAGCUGGGCCUGGCCUUCCUGCACACCUUCCAUGAAGUCACCUUCCGCAAGCCCACCUUCUGUGACAGCUGCAGUGGCUUCCUCUGGGGCGUCACCAAGCAAGGCUACCGCUGUCGGGACUGUGGGCUGUGUUGCCACAAACACUGCAGAGACCGUGUGAAGGUAGAGUGUAAGAAAAGGCCAGGGGCCAAGGGCGAUGUGAGCCCCCCUGGAGCCCCUGGCCCACCCACACCAGCCCCCCACGCCAGCUGUGGUAAGACCCAGGGUGUGGCAGUCCUGGGAAGGGGGCCUGCUGGAUGGGGAUUAACUUCAAGGUCACAAGGCCCUUCCGGUCGUAACCACGCCACCCACGCCCAUCACCCCACAAACAGGCACAGAGGACAAUCUCUCCUACACACUAUCCCUGGAGCCGGAGACGGGGCACCAUCUUCGCCAUGCCUGGACUCAGACAGAGCCCCCGCACCCUUCCUGGGAACCACAGACGGUGCCCCUCGAACGACGGCCCUGCCCACCCAGCCCUCCACGCUGAAUUCCUAGACCCUGCUUGGGUCUGACCUCUCUCACCUCCCCCACAGUCAGUCCCAAGUCCUAUUCUUCGGCCUCCAGCAGGACCCCCAAAGGCGUCACCUCCUUCACAUCCACACUGCCUUCAGCGAAGAGUUUGUCAUUUCUUACUCCGAAAGUUUCUUCUUUUGCAUCAGAGUGCCUACAACCUGUAUUCUGUUUUCCUGCACUUAGCAUCUGUGUGGUUUCAUGGUGGAUAUGUUUAGACCUAAGUGUCAUCUCACCGUGUCCUUACAUCUCCAUUUUACAGAUAAGGAAACUGAGGCCCAGGGAGGUUAAGCUGCUCUCUAAGGUGGCAGAGCUCCUAAGUGUUGGAGGCAGGACUCAAACCCUGGUGGUCUGUCUGCCUCUAAAACGGAAGCUCCUUACCAAUAUGCUACACUGACAGCAUGGGUCAGGAUGGGAGGGGAUAGGCUGGGCAGAGUUCCUAACUCUGGGGCUCCAGAGACAGGAGAGAAGGCUGGAGUAGAGAUGGAACAGGGAGCCUGUGAACACCUGAGUCCCUCCUCUGCUCAGAGCCCUUCCACGCCUCAGUCUCACUCAGGGAAAGCCAGAGUCCUCACUGUGGCCCACCUCCCACAAUCUAUUUGUCACCUCUCUGACCUUACCUACCACCACCCACCCCCUUACUCAUCCUGCUUCAACUACACUGAACCCUAUGGUCCCUGAACGUGCCAAAAAUACUCCUACCUCAGGGCCUUUGCACUGGCAGUUCCCUCUGCCUGGAGUGCUCUUCCAGAGGCCUCCAUGGCUCCCUCUUUGGGACUUAGCUCAAAUGUCACCUUCUCAGUGAGGCCCUUCUGACCAUACUCGAAGUUGCAAUCCACCCCCAGUCCUGCUUCUGUUUUCCUGCUUUUUUUUCCCCCCAAAGUCCUUUACCCAUCUGACAAACAAUACUCUUUUACCUAUUUAUCUUAUUGAAUGUCUGCUCCUCGUCACCAGAAAUGUCAGCUCCAGGACAGCAGGGGUUUUUAUAAUCUAUACUUUUCGCUACUGUAUUCCUGGUGCCUAGAACGGGGCUGGCACAUGGUGGGCACCUGAGAACUGUUCGUCCAAUGCCAGCAUGUCUCCCUCCCUAUGCCCACAGGAAGGGAAAGAUGUGUUGCUAAAGAGCAAAGGACUAUGAGGGUCAGAGCAACAGGGGCCUGUUGAAACCCAGUGGACAUAGACACCCCUACCCCUUCUCAAACCUGAGCACCCCUGGCCUGACCCCACAGAGACAGGUCCUACAGCUGUCAUAAAUUAAAUUUAUUUUCUAGAGAA